AUGAAUAAAUAUCCCGAAAACAUAGGAAUUGUCCGUGCAACAGMAGAACACAGAUCACAUAUCAAAUCAACAAUGAAGGAUUUUUAUAUAGAUGAACCGGUUUUCAAAGCUCAGAAAAUAGAUGUUGAGAAAUUAGAUAAAUCCUUUUAUGAACCCAAAGAAGACGACUUCACAUUAGUAGCUAUUGAUAAAAAUAAUAAAGCUGUAGCAUCUUUAGCUAUAAAUAGUAUCAUAAAAUCUGAUAACGCAUUGAAACAAAAAAAACAUGCUGAUCUAUACAAUAAAAUCAAUGCAGAUUUAUAUAAUGCUUUAAGACUUUGGUCGUCAAUUCAGAGCGAGCCAUGUCCAUUCAAAAUGUUAAAUGUAGACAAAAUGUGGGAGAUUAAAAUUUUAGCAACAGCAAAACAAUACCGUAGUUUUGGAUUGUCGACAGCUGUUGCCAAACAAUCAUUUGAAGCAGCUUUACUCAAUGAUGAUGUCUCGGUUAUUUGCAUGAUCUGUACUAAUUAUCUCAGUGCAAAAAUUGCUCAGAAUCUAGGCAUGGAGUGUGUGGUAAAAAAACAUUUUAGCGAAUACAAAGACGAUAAUGGGCAAAUCUGGCUUAAGAACAUACCUGAACCGCCAAAUGACACAGCAAAAGUGUUCAUUUUUAAGAAAAAAAACUAUAUUAAAAAUGUUUAA